AUGGAAAUCGAGCCCCGCGUUUCUCCGUUCAGCAUCUACGAUAGCACUACUCCUGACGCCGUCGUGCGUGCCGAUAGUGCCGCCCAAGUUGCCUUCACCGAGGAUACUUCUGCUCAGGGGCCGGUCGUCAUAGAGGGCGUUCGUGUCACGCCAGACAUUAUUACCAUUACAGAGGCUUGGGUUACGAAAACCGCACCAACUAUGCAUGAUAAUCCCGUCACACAAAACACUUCGCUCACAGAGUUCAAGAUUGCCUGGAAUGCUGCCAUCACCAAUUCGGCAGACAACCUUCCUGUCACGAAGAACGCACCCAUCACAGAUCCUGAGGACACCCAGGAUACUCUGACUACCGAUGAUGCUGCCAUUCAGAAUGACAAAGUCAUCGGCGAAGAUUUUGUGCAGGCUAGGCCCCCCAAGGCCGAUGCUGUGGCCCCUGAUACGGGCCCUAUUGACUCCAAUUCUCCCGAACGUGAGCUGAGUACCUCCACUGCCAUAGGUAAACAGCCUUUAAAGCGAUUGACAGCAGCUCCGGAUACCCAAAGCCUUCCAGGUCAGACCGACAUAUUGAACGACGCUCAGAUUGCAGAUCUCUGCUCCCUGCCUCCCAGGAUUCGUCAGCUCUAUUCCCUUUACUUCAAUCAUCAUGGAGUUAUUCGCACUGAAUAUCUCAAGAACCUCUUCGAAAGGCUUCCGAGCGGUGAGCUGCGUCACCCUGAGGAUAUUCUCAGAUCGUGCGUGCCCAAGUGGAAAACACGCCUAGAGAACUUUGAACGCCAAAAUUCUUCUCAGUUGGCUACUGGCCAGACUAACGAGACACAGGGGACACUUAUCCCUGCCAAGCGCGGCAUUGAGAACACCACUUCUCCAAAGGAGGGCAAAAAGCCAGCUGCAUCAAAGGGUACACCAGGAGUGUUAUCUACUGGUUCUCGGAAACCUGGGGCUAGUCCUUCAGCUGGCCGUCUCUCGCUUACUCUUUCCGGCCCUUCGGGUAGCCGUCGCACUGCUCUCACCAUGGGCCCUCCUCCACCUGGCGCUCUUUCUACUCAGAAUUCCAGUGCCCUUUCUGCAAGUCACCCUGGAUCACAUCCUCGGGAUACUUCCAACCUUGCUCUUGAAAAUAAUCAGGAGAUCAAAAGUGGAUCCAAUGAAGGACACGGCAUCAACCAGUGUGAGGCUCCUGUCAUGGACUUUCUCUCACCCAACUUCGAAAGAUAUCCCGGCCACUUCACGCACAAAUGUCAGGCUGGUGGUAUCCAGCUACUAGAAUUGGACAAUCUCUCGCGGUUCAUCAAAUGGCUCACAGGUGAAGUCCACCAACUAGACUACUUCAUCCUCAGUGCUGCACAGCUUUCACACGACCGCCACUACCUGGGUUGCUUACGAGAUGUCUGGGAUCGCCUGGUAUAUUUACGGGAUGCAUGCAUGGAAAUGGAGGCGCAACUCAAAGACCGCAUGGACUCGAAGAAUUGA